AUGGCCGCGUUACUUCGACCUAUCGUCAAUGAGAUCGUCGCACGAGCGGUGCUCGAUCUCAACUCAAUCACCAUGUCAGAUCCCACUGACAAUGGCUUCACAAUGACAGUGGCCGGCAAGCUAAGCAAGACUGGGCCCUUUCCCGCCGGCAUCAAAUUCAACUCAUCCAAAGCGAAGUCGGACGAUGAGAUUGUGAUGAAGAUGAAUUGGCGCGGCAAGACUGUCGCCAACAUCAACAGAAUUGACGAGAAGAUCUCACUUGGCGUCAAUCGCUUUGCACCGACCAUGUUCUCUCUUGGACCCUUCAAGGCAACUUUUGUCGACCAGAAAGUCGGAGACGAGUUCAUUCGCAGUAUCAUGGAAUCCGGCGACGUUGGCAAAGGCAGAGGAGGCGGCAUUGAUCUGACUCUCGAAGGCGUCAUCAGGGUUAAGUCAUUCGGCAUCAAGAUCCCAAAAGUGACGAUGGUCAAGACUGUGAAGCUCUUCGGCCUCAACAAACUCGAUGGCGCGCUUCAAAUGUCGCCUUCUGUCUCUUCGAAGCCUUCUAGCAAGACGAAUACUCUCAAAGUUGAAUCCUUCGACAUUGUAGAAGGCACGCGCAAUGCGUUGAUAUGUACCGCCCAGAUCAAGCUCAAUAAUCCCCAAGAUCUCAUGUCGCUCAACUUGGGUCAGCUCAAAAUGGACGUCAUGAUCCCAUCUGCUUCGUCUUCGAAGAAAGGCAAGCUUGUCGAUAUGGGCUCGCUAAGCAUGGAAAGUGCGCUCGCUCUGAAAGCUGGUCAGGAGAACACUAUCUCGGUAAAGAUGACCCUUGAUCCGAUGAGGAUCAAGAAAGACGGCCGCAAAUUCGUCAGCGAUUUCAUAAACGGUCUGCAGCCGAUCGUGUACGCUCAGGCCGAAGACUCAAAGGGCUGGCUCCCGCGUGUGCUCGGCAAAUACACCAUCAUCGCGUCCACACCUAUCCUUUCUACAUUGCUCGUCCAGUCUGCCGCCGUCGACACCUCUGAAGAUCAGGAUACUGGCAGUGCCGACACUCACCCUGCUUCAAUCACUCUGACACUUGCGAAUCCUUUCUCGACAGCCUAUACGGUCACAAGCUUCCACGGAGAGGCUACCGCGUUUGGUAUCGUCAUUGGCAAGAUUGAUGUCGCAGAAGACGAUACGACGGUAGAAGGCAAUGGAACAGAAGAGACGCCCGAAUAUGAUAUCGAUAUUGUGCGGGAGCCAAAGACGCUCGUCAAGUUGCUCGAAGCAGCUGCAAAGGCGAAACGUGUAAGCCUGAGCGAUGUCAAAGACGUACUCGAUCGCAUCGCCGGUCGCAGCUCGAGUACAAAGUCGGUGAGCGACAAGUCAAGGAAGCAGCUGCAAGAUGUCGCGAAGAAGUGCUUGGGCAAGCUUGACUGUAGUUUCUCCGUCGAGGUUUCCGAAUCGAUUGGCAAGUAUGCCAUGACAGUCCGGCUAGAGCAAGACAAGGUGCCUUGCACGAUCUCUACCGAGCUCAUCAACGAGAUCCUCAACGAGUGCGUCUUUCCGGUCGCUCUGGUAGCUCUUGCUGACUGCGGCGCAGAGUUAUUCCUUGAUGACUUUGAGCAGUCGGAUGCACGAUAGGGUUUAGGUCGGAUCCUACUUGUUAACAUUAUAAUCACAGACACUUG